AUGGCAAACCAGCUCGUCGGCGUCAAUAAUGUAGUACAGCUUGGCCCUCCCAAUGGGCCCAACGAGCCGCUGCCACCGGCUCCACCUUUGAACAAUGGCCUCUUCGGCGAUGCCAUUGGUGACGAACAUGAACUCUGGAAGGAUUACUUCCUGUCGCGGGGUGACGGCCAUGAUGUGCCUUACGUGUUACUGCGGAAAACACCCGCGAGCGUCGGAAACAUCCGCCAACCUGGUGCUCCAAACUGGCGCGAGACGGACCUGGAGCCCUUCGAGAGGAAUUUAUACCGCGAGCACUUCAGAACAGCGUGGCGGUCCCCUGUGGAAGUGAGGGAAUAUCGAGAGAAAAACGGGAUAACUAUUGUGAGUGGACGUGGUGUUCCAAAGCCUCUGCUGCACACGUACGAAGCAAACUUCCCCGCAAGCCUGGUCGAAGCCCUCGAGGCGAACAACUCCGCAACCUCUCCCACAGCCGCUCAAGCCCAGUGCUGGCCCAUAGCACUCAAGGGAAGAGAUUUGCUUGCCGUUCUCGGAGCCGGAGCCGAAGGCAAAACCCUGGCUUAUAUUCUCCCGGCCAUUACUCACGUUCUCCACCAGCCGCGCAAAAAACAUCAUCCGGGUUUCCGGGCACUAGUACUGGCUCCGACACCCGAGGAAGCCCGCGAGAUACAGCGAGCUGUGAGCGAACUCGAAACCUACACUGGUGUCCGUGCUACGUGCGUCUGUUCCGGUGAACCGAAGGACCGACAACUGAGGAACUUAAGGCUGCGGUUUUGA